AUCUACUCCACAGACAAACCAUGGCGCAAACUUGCUGUCUCUGGACGCCGAUAUCGAUCUCAGCUUCUCCGGCGAGCGGAUAUCCCGGCAAAGAUUUUUCCAGGCCGGCAACGUUAUCUACGGUUGUAUCUACACAUCAGAAUUGGCUUAAAGAUAAACAGGGUCAGGAAAGCCAGAAGCUUCAAGUGCAUGAUUCUGAACGUAUUUCAAGAAGAAAAACAAUGGUGAAUCUGACUGCGGGAGUUGUAGUUCUUAUCUCCGGUGAAGCGGCUGAAGCUCGUGUCGGGAGACAAGAGAACCGGAGAAAAGCUCUGGAGAAGCUGAGGGAAAGAACCGAAGCUUCCGGCCCCAGUUCAGGUAACCCAAAGAAAGAACGUUCAACUCCACCAGCUCCCCAAGAUCAAGCCUUUGGACCUCUAGUCGAGGCUUACCUCUAUGAUUAUUGAUCUUCACAAACUCGCAAGGAUUGUCUAAAAGCUCGCAUCUUUGGUACAUAGGCCGAGAAAUUCUUCUGCAUUAGAACUUGGAACUGGACAGAAGGUUUCCUUUUACACUAAUAAGAAGCAACCCAUAUGAUGCA